AUCAGAUCUCCCCAACAAUCAUCAACUUCACAUGCUCUGUUCUUGAGUAAGAAAAGGAAAAACAAAUUCCAGCCAUUCAAAGAUCAAAGAAGAUUCUGUAAAAAACCUCAAUUGUGCGCCCAUGGAGUGGGUUAGAGGUAAGACGAUCGGCCAUGGAAGCUUUGCUGCUGUUAGCUUAGCUAAACCCAUAAACCAGAGUUCAGAUUUUCCGCCAUUAAUGGCGGUGAAGUCUUGUGGAGUGUCUCACUGUGAUUCGUUAAUCAACGAGCGUAUGAUCUUGGAAGAGCUUAAAGAUUGCCCGGAGAUCAUUGGAUGUUACGGCGAUUCAAUGACAAUUGAAAACGGUCAGAGGUUGUAUAAUGUGGCGUUGGAGUAUGCUUCCGGUGGUGCUUUAUCGGAGAAGGUGAAGAAUUCCGGUGGUUUACGGUUGUCGGAAAAUGAAAUUCGGAGAUACACGAAUUCUAUUCUAAAGGGGCUUCAUUUUAUUCAUCAGAAUGGGUAUGUACACUGCGACAUCAAGCUUCAAAAUGUUCUGUUAUUUUGUGAUGGUGGAAAAGACGCUGUAAAGAUCGCCGAUUUUGGGCUAGCGAAGAAGACAACCGGCUCCGGUGAGUUGAAUUCAAAAUACGAAAUUAGAGGUUCGCCGAUGUAUAUGGCGCCGGAGACGGUUGUCGGUGGUGAGCAGGAAUCAGCUUCUGAUAUAUGGGCACUUGGAUGUUUAGUAACGGAGAUGAUCACCGGAAACCCAGUUUGGAAUUGCUCCGAUAUCGGAAAUCUUUUGAUGAAAAUCGGCGUUGGCGCUGAAAUUCCAGAGAUUCCCGGGAAAUUAUCCGAAGAGGGAAAAGAUUUCAUCGGGAAAUGUUUCUUGAAAGACCCAAGAAAAAGAUGGACGGCUGAGAUGCUUCUAAAUCAUCCAUUCGUCAACACUGUAUCAUUCAAAGAAGAAACAGAGAAUCAAAUCUCCCCGAGAGACCCAUUCGAUUUCCCUGAUUGGGAAUCGGAGCAAUCGUGUUUAGUGACACCGGAAUCAUCGCCGGAGUUCAACUGUUGGUUCGGAGAACAAGACGAAUUUCAAUCUGGGUCACCAUCAAUUCCGCCGGCGACGAGAUUAGGGCAGCUGCUGACAGAUCAGAAACCCAAUUGGUCCGUUUCAAACAGUUGGGUAAAAGUAAGAUGAUGCCAGCAGAAGCAGAUUCAAAGAAUGGGAACUUUUAUUAUUUUACAAUUUUGACAAUGAUUUUUUUAUUAAUUUAUAGUUGGAGUAGUAAUUGAUGAUAUUUUAGACAUCAACUUGUAAAUAUAGAGAAAGAUAUACAAAGUGUACAUACACUUGAUUUUGUUAGUAUAUGACUUCAUUCACAUA